GCAUUUGGAAAUGCAUGAAGUAGAUUAUUUUUAAAUGUAUCAACCUGCGCUUGUAGUUUUAUUCAUUUCGUGACGUAUUUAUUAUGAAUACUGUCCAUUUAAAGCUCAGGUGCUUUACUCUGCUGGUUGUGAAACGCAGAGCUCCGCGCGUCGCACGUUGUGAUUUUUAUUUCCACUGGACUGGUUUUCAGUUUUUCAGAACAAUGGCUUCCACUCCUUCUAACAACACGAACAACCUGGAGGAGAAGCAGCCGUCGGGUCAGAGGAAGAAGAAGCCGAAGGAGCCUCUGCGGAGGGUGAAGACCAAAGAGAGCAGGGCGGCGCGGCGUGGGGAGCUCCACGGACCGGCCACGGCGUACGUGCAGGUGGUCGGUGCCGGGAGCAGAGACAACGCUGCGUCACUGUACGUCUUCUCCGAGUACAACAGAUAUUUGUUCAACUGCGGGGAAGGAACGCAGAGACUCAUGCAGGAGCACAAACUAAAGGCAGCGCGUUUGGACAACAUCUUCCUGACCAGACUGAGCUGGGAGAACGUGGGAGGUUUGUCAGGGAUGAUUUUAACCCUGAAGGACACCGGUGUCCCAGAGUGCGUCCUCUCCGGACCUCCACAGCUGGAGAACUACCUGAGUGCUAUCAAGACAUUCUCUGGACCGCUGGAAGACAUCAAACUGUCGGUCCGACCGUACACUGAAGACACGUACACAGACGACACCAUGACGGUGAAUCAAGUGCCCAUAUUUGCCAAGCUGAGAGCGGACAGCGGACCGCCCUCACCCCGGUCGGGCAGAAGCAGCCCGUCUCAAAGUCCUCCGUCUCCCGGGAAAGACGACGCUAACAGCCUCGGGGAGGAGAGGGGCAGUCCAGGCAAAAGACAAACAGCAACUAGAGAUCCUUCUUUGGUCGUCGCCUUCAUAUGUAAGCUUCACCCAAAGAAAGGGAACUUCCUGGUGGCUCAGGCCAAAGAGCUCGGCCUGCCCGUAGGCACGGCAGGGAUCGGUCCCCUCAUAGGAGCUCUAAAGGACGGCCGGAGCAUCACGUAUGAAGGGAAAGAGAUCCGGCCCGAGCAGGUCUGCACUCCCACUGACCCGGGUCCAGUAUUUAUCGUGACAGAGUGUCCGUCUGAGGAGUUCGUCGAAGCUGUUUGCACCAAUCAGCAGCUCAGAAAAUACCAAACAGGAGGGUCAGAGGACCCUGCGGCGCUCGUGGUCCACAUGACUCCAGAGUCCGUUUUAAAUUCAGAUCAGUACAAGACGUGGAUGGAGAGGUUUCCGUCCUCGACGGAACACCUGAUUCUGAACGAACAGGUCUGCACGGUCCACAACAUCAGGAGUCACAAACUUCAGACCCAGCUGAACAUGAUCCACCCAAAGAUCUUUCCACAACUCCACUCGUACAGAACAAAGGAGCCUCAGGCCGCCCUGCACGCCCCGAACGUGCGAGCCGAGUGUCUGCUGAAGUUCCAGCUCAGACCUGUGAUGGAGUGGCAAAGAGACGCCAUCCCGCCCUGCAACACGGACCAGUUUGUGAAGGAGGCGUCUGAGGUCCCGAACUUUCUGCAGGAGGUGGAGGCGUGCAGGACGAUCUGCUCCGCUGACGCUGCAGAGACUUCGGGUGAGCCAGAGAAAUACCCCGAGGUGGUUUUCCUGGGAACGGGGUCGGCUCUCCCGAUGAAGAUCAGAAACGUCAGCGGCACUUUAGUAAACAUCAGCCCGGCUCAGUCUCUGCUGCUCGACUGUGGAGAGGGAACGUUCGGUCAGCUCUGGAGACACUACGGGGACGACGUGGACGACGCUCUGUCCAAGAUCUCCACCGUCUUCAUCUCACACAUGCACGCCGACCACCACACGGGGCUUCUGAAGCUGCUGUAUCAGAGGGAGCGAGCGCUGGCAGCUUUAGGAAAGACGUUCAGCCCGGUCUACCUGGUGGCCCCAGCUCCCAUCAUGACCUGGUUGAACCAGUAUCACGCGCACUGUGAGGAGAUCCUGCAACACAUUAGCCUCAUCCCCAACAGGAGUCUGUUUGACGGGGCUGAGACUCCCUGGCCGAAGACUCAGUCGCUCAUCAAAGCGCUGCUGAAAAAGAACGACCUGGAACAGUUCCAGACGUGCUUCGUGCGUCACUGUAAGAACGCCUUCGCCUGCAGCUUCACGCACCGCUCCGGCUGGAAGCUGGCGUUUUCCGGCGACACCAUGCCCUGCGAUGCGUUUGUGCACAUCGGAAAAAAUGCAACCCUGCUGAUCCACGAGGCCACGCUGGAAGACGGGCUGGAGGAGGAGGCUGUCGAGAAACGACACAGCACGACCUCCCAGGCCAUCGGCAUCGGCAUGAGGAUGAACGCCGACUUCAUCAUGCUGAACCACUUCAGCCAGCGCUACGCCAAGAUCCCUCUGUUCAGUGAGGACUUCACCGAGAGAGUCGGGAUAUCGUUCGACCACAUGAGAAUUCGCUUCGGGGACUUUAAAAUCCUCCCUGGACUCAGUCCCGCACUGAAAGCUCUUUUUGCCGACGAGAUCGAAGAGAUGGAGGAGAGACGAGAGAAGAGGGAGCUGAGACAGCCGAGAGGAGGCGGCGGCGGCUCCUACGAGGUGAACAAUGAGGAGAGGAGAAGCGCAGGUGCCAAAAGAGACCAGGAGGAGGCGGCGACGCACAACGUGGAGACGAAGAGGCUGAAAACCAGCUGAGACAUUUAACCAGAAAAAAAGACUCGCACUUAGAGCAUCCUGAGUUGUUUUAUUUAAAUGAAUUUGAGAGUUUUACUUUCCCUGUGUGGAUGAGUUGAAGACAAUAUGUAUGUAUAAGACAAAAACUCUAGUUUUUGUUUACCAUUAAACACUAUAAAGCAAUACAACAACA